CCGCUAUAGCUCUCCAUAGGGGUACAAACAAGUCAAACAUACAUGCGGGGUUAGAGUGGGAUUGGAGGUCUUCAGUAUUGAACAUAAUUCAGUUCUCCUGGCUCAAAGAGUAACCAUGAGAGAUUGAUUACAUGCUCAAACAUGGAAGGGGUUUCAGCAGCAGCUAGCGUCUUUGGUGUCAUUCAACUCACCGGCAGCAUAGUGAAAAUAUGCGGUGGCUAUCUUCAAGAGAUAAAGAAUGCUCGAGAGGAUAUCAUUGCUUUACAGCGAUCGAUUACGGGCCUUGAAGGGACUGUUCGGAAACUCUUUGAGUUUCUUCAAGGCCUUCCUGCCACAAAGCUUCCCACUUCCUCGUUGCUAGUCAAUAAUGUUACCGAUUGCCUCUCAGACCUCGAGGCCCUGGAAAAUAAGAUUGAUCCCGGGAAUGGAAAGGGUAUGAUGAGAAGACUCGGAUUUCGAGCAUUCAAAUGGCCUUUGAAACGCACAGAGGUGGAUAAAAUCAUCCAUGGUCUCGAGAGAUAUAAAUCUUCUUUCACCUUAUCGUUGCAGAUUGACCAAACAGCUCUCCUAGCCGGUGUGGCUUGGAGUGCAGAACUUAUCCACCAGGGUUCUGGUCUUGAUAAAUUGCCGAUCGCUGCUGGCGCUGAAUUUGACUCAUAUAUGGAUCAACAUGAGGAUGAAUGUCUUCCGGGUACCCGAACAGAGCUCCUUCGCCAGAUCACAGAAUGGGCCAUGUCAUCGCAAGGUAAAUGCAUAUAUUGGCUAAAUGGUAUGGCAGGGACAGGGAAAUCAACUAUCUCCCGAACUGUGGCAAAAUCCUUGAAAGAGGCAAAUCUCUUAGGAGCAAGCUUCUUCUUUAAGAGGGGAGAGGGGAGCCGAGGUAGUGCUACAAAGCUUUUUCCAACAAUUGCAAGACAGUUCGCGCUUAGCUUUCCUCAACUCAUCCCUGGCAUCCAAAAGGCUAUCAGUGACGAUCCCGACUUUGCAGCGAAGUCGUUAAAGGAGCAAUUUGACAAGUUGCUUCUCCAACCACUUUUUGACUUGGGAAAAUCCACUAGGCAGUUACCGACCACCGUCAUAGUGAUUGAUGCCUUAGACGAAUGUGAAGUUGAUAAUGACAUACGGAUCAUUCUCCAAUUACUACCGCGGUUACGGGAACUAAGCACUGGGCCCGUCCGCGUUUUCUUGACAAGCCGACCCGAUCUGCCUAUUAAGCUCGGAUUCUCGGAAAUUCAACAUAUAGACUAUCAGGAUCUAGUUCUCCACGACAUCCCUGAAGCUGUUAUAGCACACGAUAUAUCUUUAUUCCUUAAUUCGAGACUUUCAAAUAUCAGGAAACAACGAUCUCUACCAGUCGACUGGCCUAGUGGUACUGAUGUCCAAGCACUUGUGACAUUAUCUGUCCCACUCUUCAUCUUCGCUGCGACCGUUUGUCGCGUCCUUGAGGAUCCCCAGUGGGAUCCCGAAGAGAGUCUUACCGAGAUACUCACUCAUCGGGGCGACAGAUCUCAGUUGGACAGGACGUAUCUACCUGUGCUCAAUCGAGUACUCAACAACCAAAGCGAAAGGCAGAAAAUCCAGCUAAUUCAGGAGUUCCGAGAAAUUCUCGGUAUAAUAGUAGUGCUUGAAAGCCCGCUCUCUGUCUGCUCACUUUCAACACUCACCGGUCUCUCAGAGAACCUCAUCAGCCGAAGGCUGAACUCACUGCAUUCAGUUAUCCGUGUACCUGAAAAGAAGACAAUUCCAUUGCGUCCUUUCCAUCUCUCAUUUCGAGACUUCCUUCUUGAUCCGGAGUCGCGUGACAAGACUCCCCUAUGGGUGGAAGAGAAUGAGGUUCAUAAAAAUUUAGCCACAAAAUGUAUUUCUGUUUGUUAUAAAUUAAAACGAAACAUUUGCGGACUCACAAGUGACGGCACCCUGCGUUCGGAGAUUGACCCUCAGAUUGUUAGCAGCUGUCUUCCUUCAGAAUUGCAAUACUCCUGUCGCUUUUGGGCACAGCAUCUGAUGCAAAGUCAAGACCGAAAUUGCCUGAUUCAAGAUGCAUUCAUAUUUCUGCAGAAGCAUUUCUUACACUGGAUGGAAGCAAUGAGCGUUCUAGGACUUGUAUCUGGAGUUGUGAGAAUUAUUGAUCUAUUGCAAACCAUGGCAUUUGACGGAGAAAAUCCCGAAAUAGCGGAAUUUGUGCACGAUGCAAAGCGCUUUGCUCUUAAAACCCGACAAAUAGCUGAUAAUGCGCCCCUCCAAAUAUAUUGUGCAGGACUCAUAUUUGCGCCCCGGAUGUCAAUCAUACGCAAGAAGUUCGAAAGUGAACUCCCGGACUACAUAUGCAGGCUUCCAGAUGUCGAAGAUGCAUGGAACGCGGAACUGCAGGUUCUCGAGGGCCAUUCGGACUGGGUUUUUUCGGUCUCAUUCUCCCCUGAUGGAAAGAGAAUUGCCUCCGGCUCUAGUGAUAAUACUAUCCGACUUUGGGAUCCCGUUACUGGUACUUUGCAGCAGACUAUAGAGGGUCAUUUGGAUUGGGUGCGGUCAGUUGCAUUCUCCCCAGAUGGUCGAGUGUUAGCAUCUGGUUCUAGUGACAAUACUGUCCGACUCUGGGACUCUGCCACAGGGGCCUUGCAGCAGACGCUCGAGGGCCAUUUAGGCUCUGUUUGGUCGGUGGCAUUCUCUCCUGACGGCCGGAUACUAGCAUCCGGAUCAUUUGAUCAGACUAUCCGACUCUGGGAUCCUAUUACAGGCGUUUUACAGCGGACAUUCAAGGGCAUUUUGGACUCAAUCUGGUCAUUGGCAUUCUCCCCAGAUAGCCAAGUAUUAGCAUCUGCUUCACGUGAUAAUACUGUCCGGCUCUGGGAUCCUAUCACAGGGUCCUUGCAGAGAACGCUCGAAGGCCAUUCAGGUUCAGUUUGGUCAGUGGCGUUCUCUCCCAAUGGUCGCAUGCUAGCUUCUGGCUCUAGUGACCAGACUAUUCGACUCUGGGAUCCUACCUCGGGAAUCUUGCAGCAGAUACUUGAAGGCCAUCAAGAGGGGCUUCGGUCAGUGACGUUCUCCCCUGAUAGCCGGAUAGUUGCAUCUAGCGAUAAUAAACCAAUUAUCCGGCUCUGGGAUCCUGCUACAGGGACCUUACUGCAGAAACUUAAAGGUCAUUCAAAUUCAGUGUGGUCAUUGGCAUUCUCACCAAACGGUAGAUUGCUAGCGUCAGGCUCUUAUGAUCAAACUGUGCGUAUUUGGGAUUCCACCAUGAGUGGCCUAAAUCAGACCCUCGAAAGUCAUUCCGGGAUACUUCGGUCGGUAGUUUUCUCCCCUGACGGCAAGUUGCUUGCAUCUGGCUCCGAUGAUUAUACUGUGCGGCUCUGGGAUCCUAUCACAGGUGACCUUAAAUGGAAUCUUAAAGGCCACGUAGGCUCUGUUUUAUUGGUGUUGUUCUCACCAAAUAGCCAGCUACUCGCGUCUGGCUCUACAGACCAGACUGUACGGCUCUGGGAUUCCUCCACGGGCAAUCUACAUCGAAUCCUCGAAGGCCAGUUUGAUUGGCCUCGGUCAAUAGUCUUCUCGCCUGAUAGUCAAGUACUUGCCUCUAGCUUUGAUGAUCAAACUAUCCGGCUUUGGGAUACUACAACAGGUGCAUUAUUAUAUAAACUUGAGGGUCAUAUAGAUUGGCUUCGGUGUUUAGCAUUCUCCCCUAAUGGCCGGCUACUUGCAUCUGGCUCUGAUGAUUGGAGUGUGCGGCUCUGGGAUAUCUCAACAGGAGCUUUACAACAGACACUAGAAGGUCAUACUGACUGGGUUCGAUCGGUAUCAUUCUCCCCUGACGGCUCGCUGUUAGCUUCCAGCUCUUAUGAUCAGACUGUGCGUCUCUGGGACAUUGCAACUGGCCACUUCCAGCGUGCUAUACAGGGUCAUUCAGGUCCAGUUCGGUCAGUUACAUUCUCAUGCGACAGCCGACUACUGGCAUCCGGAUCUAGCGAUCAGACUGUGCGACUUUGGGAUCCUACCACGGGUUGUUUGCAGCAAAUCAUAAGGUCUUUUGGAGUAGUCACGGAUUUGGCAUUUUUUGGCGAUUCAAGACUUGAUACCAACCUUGGAUGUCUUAACAUUCGUUCGUCGAACGGCGACUGUAACUCUAACCUCGAUCAGACGAGUCUCGAGAUAUUUAUAAGGGAGAGUCAGUGGAUAACGAUGAACGGCGAAAAAGUCAUAUGGCUUCCUCCUGAAUUCCGACCCAUUUGUUCGGCCAUUAGAGGCAAUACACUUGCUCUGGGGCACGCAUCAGGUAGGGUUUCAUUCAUAGGAUGUGACAUACAAUAGAGUUCAAGCAACGGUCUUUACCUGUCUUC